AUGAGACCGACACACGCCCUCGCUGCUCUCGUCGCCCUGGCCAGUCCGGUCCUGGGCGCGACCGCCUCCAUCACGUCCGCCAUCCCCAACCAGGCGCACCCGUGCCUCAAGCAGUGCGCCUGGUACAAUUUCUACCAGGGCAACAUCCCCUUGGCUCUCGGCUGCGACGAUCCCUACGAGAACGACUGCUACUGCCCGACGGCCACGGAAUCUGUUAGCAAGGUCAGCGUCGCCAUCGAGAAGUGCAUCUCGUCUCGCUGCGGCGCGGGCGACGUACCGCAGGACCUCAGCUCCCUGCGCAGCAUCUAUGCCGGAUACUGCAAGGACGCGGGGUACACGCAGGAUGCCGCCAAGCUGGGCUACACGGCCGCCACCACGGCUGAGGCGACACCCAGCACUACCGCCAGUUCUUCCUCGUCGAGCACCGCCGCGGCGGGAGGCACGACAGAGUCGAGCCAGCCAUCCAAGACGUCCAGUGGCGCUUCGACGACUACACAAAAGACGACCGUCACGCAGACAAAGGCAAGUGGCGCCGACGGCAAGGGCUCCCCAGUGGUUGUCGUGCAGGAAACGGAGACGGUCUUUGUCGACGGUGCGCACGGCGGUAACCGUUCGGGACCUUCAAUGGCCAUCAAGAUUGGUGUGGGCGUUGCGGUGCCUGUUGUCGUGUUGCUUGUCAUGGCCGGGGUUGGGUUUUUGGUCUUUCGCAAACGACGGCUUGCUGCUUCACGCAGGGGGGCGUUGGCGGACAGUGCCAUUGUCGAGGAGCAUGGCGGCGGCGGUCAGGAACAGCGGGAGAUGGAAAAGGACAGAGGUGUCGUCAAGUCUCAUGAACCAUUAACGCAAGCUGAGUUGGUGGCAAAGCAGGGGGCCAUUGUGUAUGGGCUUCAGGAAGUGCAUGGAAGCAAUCGCUCUGAUUCUUAUGAGGUACAUGGGAACCACACGCCGGGAGCUCAGGAAGUGCACGGAAACCAUCGCCCGGGUCCUUAUGUUGCGCAUGAGAGCUACAGGUCCGACUCUCACGAGGUGCCUGGGGGCCAUGCAUCGAGAAUACACGAAGCGCAUGGGAGCCAUGCCCGUCCGGAACUGCCAGGUCAGUCGGUUGAUGCGAAUGCUGCUGCUGAGCUGCCGGGUAGCAAUGGACAUGCGAGAUGGGCUGGAGGUGAUCGGGCUGCCUAG